AUGGGUAUCUUCGACUACGUCUCCGACCUCUACUCGUCUCUGUCCGUCCAGUCAUGCGAGGCUGAAGUUCAGGACGACCACAAGUACGCCUCGGGCGACUUCAACUCGUCCAAGGACCAACAGAACGGCAUGGGCACUGCUCAGCAGUCCCGUGGCGCCACCACCAAGGGCGGUGUCAGCCUCGACACUCCCGCCUCUGGCACCGACGAGGAGAGCGACUCCGAGGCCGACGCCAACAAGCAGGACGCCAAGAAGCCCGAGGGCUCGAGCGAGAAGGGCCACACCCCCGGCGAGGGCGGUGCUGCUUCUGGUCAGGUCGGCGCCGACAAUGCUGGCCCUCACGGCGGCCCCGUUGGCAAGGACGAUGACGAAGAGGAGGAGGAAGAAGAAGAGGAGGACGACGAGGAGGAGGAUGAGCCCGAAGACCUCAAGCCCAAGCUCGAGGAAGAGUGCGCCAACUCAGCCGAGUGCGCUCCCUACAAGCACCACUACGACCACUGCGUCGAGCGCGUCACCAAGCAGCAGGAGGAGAACGGCAAGGCCAACGAGGACUGCGUUGAGGAAUUCUUCCACCUUGCCCACUGCGCAACCGCAUGCGCCGCCCCCAAGCUGUUCAAGCAGCUCCGAUAA